CCCCGGGGCAUGGAAAGGCACUGCUGACCGGAAACUCGUCUCAGUCAUGCCUUGCUGACAGUAUGUCGCAACGGAGCAGAGCUCCAGGAACAACAGUGUCAGUAGACCGCCAAGGCCAGCGGUGAGGACAGUGACGCACGAAUCGUUUCGCGGACGUCUCCACCGCGGCUCGUUGGAUUCCCGCGGAAUCUCACGGUCGCUCCUUUCAAAGGGAGUAGUAACCUCUCGGCGUGCACCGUCUUUACAAAUCGGCGGUCCUCGAUGGCGGUCGGACUCGAUUCAAGGGUGCGGUGGUUGCGGCCCCUAGCGGUCGUGCUUACGAUCACCGCGCUCGCGUCGGCUCAGGAGAGCCGCUUUGUCACUGUACCAUGCGCCAAGCUGUUCACAUCCAUGGCGCCCAUGCUCAAGCCGUGCUCUUGCUACUUCGUCGGGCCUCCCGACAACGGCACGGGAAUAAACUGCGACAGGGUCGCCUUCCAGGGCAACUUCCCGAUGUUGCCGUACCGGCAGCGGAUCCACCGGUUCUCCCAGCGGCACGCGGGCGUCCAGGACCUCGAGGCGCAGCUUUUCACCGCGAGCGGCGUGCCGCUGCGCGUGCUCGACCUGUCGCACAACCGGGUGCGGCGGCUGAGCGAGCGGCUGCUCGAGGGCGUGCACGGCUCGCUGCAGGAGCUCCACCUGGGCUCCAACCUGCUGGGCGACCAGCUCAGUCCUGUCUUCGCCACCAACGAGUUCCGGGCGCUGCGCGAGCUGCGCCUCCUCGACCUGUCCGACAACCGGAUACAGGGAGUCGACUCGGCCGUCUUCAAGGGGCUCGACAAGCUAGAGGUGCUGAACAUCAACGACAAUGACUUCGAAGAAGUGCCGGCAUCGAGCCUGGUCGACCUUCCCGCCCUCACGUGGCUCAGCCUCGACGGGAACCGGAUACCCGAGCUCACCAAAGACUCCUUCCCUCCUUUGGAAGCGCUGCAGACGCUGAACCUGACAAAAAACAUAAUAUCCAGCAUCGAAGAAGGCACCUUUACCAGUAUUCCCAGAGUGCAAGUCCUCUACCUGGGCUCCAACCGAAUCAAGAACCUUCCCACCGGUGCCUUCGAUGGCCUGCAGCGUUUGACCACGCUCGAUCUGUCCAACAAUUUCAUGGUCCACAUUCCCACCACGACCCUGCGCCGUUUGCCCGCUCUGAAGAUGCUCACGAUGAGUUCCAACAAGAUCCGUUCGUUCAACGGAGCCGCGCCGUCCGAAUUAAAAGGUCUCGAGUACCUCGACCUGAGCCGCAACGAAAUAUCGCAGAUCGAACCGGGCAGCUUCGACGGAAUGAAGAGUCUCAGGGCCCUAAGGCUUGGCGUCAACCAGAUUCGAAAGGUGGACGCGGCAACGUUCAGAGGUCUGGUUAGCCUCGAGGCCAUCUACUUGGAAGAUAACCAGCUCCUGGUAUUUCCCUCUGCACUGCUCGGUUCUCUGCCGCGACUGCAGAAGCUCCACUUGGACUACAACAGGAUCGCCGUGCUGUCGCCCGGCGUACUCAGCGCCGGCGUCAGCAUCCGAGAGCUGUCGCUGGCCUACAACCUGAUCACAGAGAUUCCCAACGGGACCUUUAAAGACCUACAGUUCCUCGAGACACUGAACCUUCGGGGCAACAAGUUGAGUGCAAUUUCCUCGGGAAGUCUAGACGGCCUGCAGAACUCUCUGAUGGCGUUAGAUCUCGGUGACAACGGAAUUGUCUCGGAGUCCCUGAAACUCGAAUUCCCAAACUUGCAACUACUGAGCCUUGGUAAGAACAAGUUGACCUCUAUACCUGCACACGCAUUUUCUGCCCUCAAGAAGCUCAAGAGACUGGACCUGAGUAACAACCAGAUUCGCUUCCUUCCUGCGGGUCCCUUGGCGGCACUCCGUGAGCUGCAGUUUCUCGAUCUGGCUUACAACAGCUUGACAGACGUGAAGAUAGGCGCGUUGAAUAAACUCCUCGACCUCCAAGAACUUACGCUCAAGAGCAAUUUCAUCAAGGACAUGAACACCAUGGCCUUCCUUAACCUCACCCGGCUAAAGACGUUGGACCUGAGUUACAACAGGUUGAGCGGAAUACGAACUAGCACUUUCGAUCAGCUUCCCUCACUGAGGAAGCUUAAGCUUAACAACAACGUUUUGAACUCUUUCAAAGCUGAGCUUUUCGCCAAAGAAACGUACAUAGAAGACCUGAACUUAAGCCAGAAUCAAAUAGCUUAUCUUUAUCCCGAUUCGUUUACUAUGCAUCCUAGGCUUCGCAAGCUCGACAUUAGCCACAACAAACUGUCGUUUUUCCCGAGCGAAAUCAUUCGUUCCAUCUGGUCUUUGGAAGUUCUCAAACUCGGAUACAACAAACUUCACACACUUGAAGAUUCUGAUUUCGCUGAUCUGCCUAGGCUCAGGCACUUGGACCUUCAGCAUAACCAAAUAAGUAGCGUAGGUGAUAGGGCCUUCCAGAAUUCGACUCAGCUACGCUACCUCGAGCUUCAGCACAACCAGAUCUCACAUCUUGGUGAGAGGCUGUUUCAAGGUAUCAGCCAGCUGAACCUCGAUCUAAGCUACAAUCAUAUGAGCUCGCUUUCCCCCGAUGUAUUUAGUCGACUACGGGACUUUAAGCUCGAAAGCAUCAAUCUGGCUCAUAACGAAUUUAGCACUUUCCCAACUGUAGCUUUGAGGAAACAGUAUUCAUUCUUAGAAAAGGCAAACUUCUCCAACAACCACAUUGAAGACUUCCCUUCAAAUGCGGAUGUCCUCGUAAAUAUCAAAGAGCUCGAUGUAUCGAACAAUCCCCUUACGACAAACGCUCACCACGUAUUGCUCGCCGAGCCCAAAAGCGUGCGUUUUCUGCACCUGGCAAACACCGGCAUACGGAGCUUGCCGCUGAUAGAAAGCCCCUUCUUGAGACUUCUUAACUUGUCUGGAAACAGAAUAUCAUCGCUAUCACCCAACAAUUUUCAGAAAACUACCCUCCUAGAAGUACUAGAUUUGUCCGGCAACGAAAUACCAAACCUCAGCAUCGCCACUUCCGGUGCUUGGUCGAAUCUGAGAAAGCUGAGGAAGUUGGACCUUUCCGACAAUCCCAUAUCAUAUUUGGUAAACGGAGAUCUCCAAGACCUGAAGAACCUUGACGAAUUUGACUUCUCGCGGCUUGCGAAAUUAAACCAUAUCGAGUGCGAAGCUCUGCAUCCUUUGUCCAGGCUUACCAAACUAAAUCUGUACGGAUACGGGAACUUGCAGGCGCUGCAGACUCGGAAGUGCCUCGAACCUUUCGAAGGCCUCGAGAGCCUCGGCAUAGAAAUUAAGGAUAAUUUGUUCAAGGAUCAGCUGCAGAAGGUGUAUAGCCCUCGCUUGAGCCAUUUGUAUGUGACUGGCAAAGCCAUCAAUGGGCUCUCCUCGAGCGCAUUUGCCGGUAUACGCGGCCGCGAGUUGCGGGUCACCAUCUCUGACACGAGCCUCUCCGACCUGCCGACCACAAUCUUCCUGCCUUUGCCGCUGUCUACGAAACGUAUUGUGAACGUCAACUACAAUCAGAUCAAACGUAUCAACCCUCAGCUGCUGACUGCGCUGUCUAGCAAGCAGGCCAUGUUGAAGAUAGAAGGAAUCCAAGAGAACCCCAUCACGUGUGACUGCAAUUUGAUUCCGCUGUGGCGCUGGAUCCAAGACCACAAGAGCACGCGCGAGGACGAUGACGAACAGGGCAACAACGCGGCGCUCAUCGAUCUGGCGUGCGUCGAGCCUCAUCACUUGAACAAAAUCCUCAUCGUCAACCUGCAGAUGGACGACCUCUUCUGCGACGAUGAAGCCAACGACGAGGAGAACGAAGAGACGUCGGCGACGUCCAGCCGAGUCCACAAGGUAACCACAGCCGGAGGCGUGCCGACGACGCGGACCUCCACCACGCCGAGCAACAACAUCGUCCGCAAGACCUCGCCUCCCCAUCGAAAGGAGCCCGAGAUCAUCUUCGAAGCGCCCACGACCGCGCGGCCCCGCCAAGCGAGUGGUCAGAGCGUGCUGACCAAGGUGGACACGAUGAUUAUCGGCAUCGUGGCGGGCGUGGUCGCCUUCGUGUGCAUUCUGAUCAUGGUGAUCUGCAUCGUGCGAUUGAGGCGCUCGCGGCCGCACGGCCACUACGCGUCCACGACGGGACCCAUGCCCAUCGUUAAUGGGCACGCAGCGAAGUGCACGUGCCUCAAGCCUCCACCCAGCACGUGCACCUGCUUCCCGCCGUACGCGGUGCCCCUCGCGUACCAUCCGGGCUCGAAGAUGAUGGGCCCGCCCUCCAUGUACAACACCAUGUCGCGGUCUACGGCCUACUUCGGCCCGUACGAGAGCGACGUAGACCACCGGUGAUGGCGCACCGUUACGUCGACGCUGCUGUGUUUGUGUGUGUGUUUGCUGUGAGACUGCCUAUAAGAACCAAGCCACGAGUAUACAUAUUCCGCGUACGUUUUGCAAAGGAGGUGCCUGCUGUGUUUGUGUCUAUAUGUAAAACCGGCGGAGAACUUGCGAUUUGAAGAAACAUUGGAGAUGUGCGCGUGUGCAAGACUCACACUACUUGGACGUGACUGUACGUUACAUGGACCGCUUGUAUUUGACGAGAUGGAAGUGUUCGACAAGAUAUGAGCGCUUCCUAUUGCAGUAACAUGCGAUACACUUGACAAGCUGCCACAAAUGUGGCUCAGUGGCCUUAUUUUGUAAAGAUUCUUUUCAUUUCCUUUAUUUUUUUACGAACCAUCGCGCUGAGUGGCCAAUCCUGGCGGCAACGGCUGCGAGGCAGCAUCAAAGCCAAUGACCAAGGAUGAAAAAAACGGAAGUGAAAUGCAUUAUUGUAGAAUAUGGCCACUCAGUGAGGUAGUGUGUUAUUAAUAAACGCUAGCAUCCACGCUUCAUUCGUUAUAGCGCGGAUUACGGUUUCACGUGGAUUGACAACAAUUCUUCAAUGCAUUCUGCUAACUCUCUUUCGUUCUUCAGUGAACGAUGGACAGUGUAGUACUUUCUGCUGCUAUAGAUGCUGUAUAGAAAACUACAGGAGGUCAGCGCUCGACAUGCCCAAAGUUCUACGGGCAUCCGAGAAAUAGGGUGACCGAGGAAUCUGUGCAUUUGAACGCACGUACCGUGUCCUCAUCAGGGCAUUUCUUUCUUCCAGCAUCUGAAACCCUUCAUACAAUCAUUAAAAGAAAAACAUUUUUAAUGAGUCAUUAGGAGUACUGUCGCUUGACUGCCCCUAAAGGUAACUAUAAGUACGUCAUCAAAUAAUUCAUAGUUUGUUGAUGACAUUUCACAUUUCUGUGUCUAACAGCUAUACGAGAAAGGACAUGGCGUAACAAGUGUCUUUCACGCUUGACACAACUGUAUUUUUUUGUUGCACAGAUCACAAGAUGCCUGCAUGACUUCACCUGUGAGUGUCGGGCGAAAGGCAGAGAUUGUCCUGCAUGUACUUGUUGUGUAGGCUUUUUCUGACCGUUCACGCCUUAAAUAAGAGCAGAUAUGUGCAUUAUGUUUUGGUUCGAUGAAUGACAACCUUCACUAAGUACGUUGGACAAGAAAAGAAUGCGAAACUAAGUUAAAAUAAAACGCAUAUACUUUGAACCAUUAUAUAUACAGCCGGAACGUUGUUGGCCGUUGGUGGGUGUCACAGUUAAUUCUACCUCCUGCUGAGCGCCCUAGAGGGUUCUGCCUGAUUACUAAUAUAAGGACAGUGCGUGCUCAAGUCAACUUCCAGUACGCUACAGUGGAGCAUUGUUGUGACAUUGUAAAUAUGUGAAUAAUGUGAAAUCAGCCUUGCUCACGUGUCAAAUACUUUUUCGCGUGUUCGUGCGCUUUGAGUUUUACGAUGCCUUCUCCAGGUUUAUGUUGCCAUUAACACUUUAUUGUUUCGUUGUUUGUGAGAGAGUUCAGCGAACACGCGCUAUGCAGAGAGCCAUAUACAAUCCGCUGUGCCCGUCGUAAGUGGAAGGUUUGCUGGUUACGACAUUGUUGAACAUAGUUGGAUUGCAGAUUGUGCGUCAUCGUUGCUGGCAUUCUUUGUCGAUGCGUGCCACUAUCUUAGUU